CAUUCAUUCUAGCUAUAUUCACAUGCAAGUUUAUCAAUUGUCUAAACUCUGACACCAUUCUCCUUUGCAUAUUCCAUUUAUGUUCGGUAUUGGCCCUUUUUUGUGACACCGAUUACUGCAAGCCCGUGAAAUUAUAAAGACUCUUGUUCGACUGUACGACUCACACCUCAACUACACCAUGUCUUCAACACCAGUACCCUAUCCAACUUUGCCGUCGAAACUAGUCCUAACAUCAACAAAAGCCUACUUCUCACCCGCGCGGACCGUCCAGUACCUUGAAUCUAUUCUCGACCCUUCGACACAGAUCCUGUCACUACUCGAGUCCCACAAGUCACAGAUUCUCUUUGUUUUGAUCCCUGAUCAUCUCACCGUCUACCCAUGUUCUCAGAUACUUGCGUCCAGAUAUCCUGGACCUGACCGAGCCUCCCUGUCGACCGCCUCGUGGCCUCUGACACUUGGGGCUCAAAACGUUUUCUGGGCCCAGGACUACGGCCCAUAUACGGGCGAAACGGUGGCGCCAGCGCUUGCCAGCUUGGGCGUGGAAAUCGUAGAGCUGAACCACGCCGAACGCCGUCGACUGUUGGGUGAGACGGACGAGACGUCAGCCAAGAAAGCUGCUGCUGCAACGCAGGCAGGACUGAUUCCCUUGGUCUGCAUCGGUGAGCUCGACAAGCCUAAUCUAUCCGGACCUCUGAGUCAGAGCGUUGGGGUUGCGUUGGCACAGUUGCGGCCCCAGAUAGAGGCCGUCUUGAAAGCCGUCCCAAAUCACGCUCCUGUCAUUUUCGCCUACGAGCCGGUCUGGGCAAUUGGGGCUGCCGAACCUGCCGGCGUGGACUAUGUCGGCCCCGUCGUCCAGGCAAUCCGCGACGUGGCCCGGUCUGUGGUGUCAGACAGAACCGCCGAGGUCAAGGUCGUCUACGGCGGGAGUGCUGGCCCUGGGCUUUGGAGCGGUAGGUCCAAUGGCGGCAACGGCCUGGGCAAGUACGUGGAUGGCUUGUUUCUGGGCAGGUUCGCCCAUCAGGUCCAAGGAGUCAAAGGCGUUUUGGACGAGGUCGUAGAGAGCUUAAAGCAGGACCACGGUGAAACGCCGGAUGAUUGAGGUCGGACGGAUGGAAGGUCAGACAAACUGACAUUCAUGUCUACAGCUGGAAUCCAGGCCUACGCCAGAUGGCCAUCAUAAAUCAUCGCAUACGCCGUCACUCCUUCUCCGCCCUCUCUCGGCCAGCCCGCGGAAUCAAUAUGCCCCUUUCCGAUCGUGAUCUCCUCGGCCAAGCGAAAGCCAAAGUGCUCAUAAACGCUAGCAGCCUGCUUGGUUGUGGCUUCAAGCCACGCCGGAACUCCUUCAUCUCUGGCUCGACUUAAGAAUGGCUCGAUGACCGCCGCAAUUGACCCAGACACUUUGGGAGCCGAGGGAUUGCGAGCCAGAAAAGACAGAUGGUAAAAUGGUCGGAUUCGGGAGGGAUCGGCUGGUGAGGAAAGAUACGUCUUCUUGGAAUCCAUGACCUUGGCCCGCCACUCAGCCAAUAAUGGACCUGGUCUCGCUUUGGACUCGAUGAAGGGCUUGCCUUGGUAUGAAGGACCUUCCCAGAGGGCUAUGGCUGACCAGUUACCCGCCUGGACUAACUCAGCUCCUGAUUCGGCGCUGUCAAUGAUCCCUUGAGCAAAAUGUUGGUGCCGGCGUGGGGAAUCGACCAAGGCUGAUGGAUAUGGCGGAGGGGUAUUGUCAUUGUUUACAAUGAAAGCUGUGGUCAAGGCAGUCGUUGAAAAUGCUUCCACAAUGAUGGAAACGAAAUGGUCGAGGUCGUCGUGAGAGUGAGGGUCGAUGGGAGAUGAGACAGGAAUGAUGGACGGAGACAUGUUUGCGAUAGAUAUAACAGCCAAGACAGACAGGGACUCAAGCGACUAAAGAGACGUCUGCGCUAUAUGUGAUGAUUCAUCGACGAUGGCAGUGUAGGAUUAUGGAAGGAGAGUUUUGCGGUUAGAAACGUGUGUGGUGUUGACCUGUGUGUAUGUUGAUCUUAGAGAUGAAAGGAAAGAAGUCACUGGAGCCAGGUUGAUUCAGACAAUCAUGAGCCAACUUGUGAUGGGCGUAAACCACGUAGAGCAAACCCGGGGUAAUGGCCAAGAUGUUCUACUAGACGGACCGGUUAGUGUCGGUGGA